AUGGAUCAAGGUGAACGAGAACGAAAUGCAGCAUCCAAUAGAUCCAUUCUCAUACGUCCUCUCUCUCGCAACUGCACAGAUACGGUGCGGUGCUUCUUUUGCCUGCCGCGAACUCCCCUACCCCAGUGGAGUUUUCCUCUCCCCAUCUGCGCGUUCGCACUUCUACCCGAACAUCGACGUCACCAAUACAACCAGAAAGCGCCCCCAACUGUCAACCAGAAACCCUUUUCAACAAUGACCUCGUCUCGAGGGCCAAAGCUUCAAUAUGAGCCACUUACUCGCAGCCUUCUGCUUCCCAGGCUGUUUGUCUCACAACAGCUCUGA